GUAGUUUACCAAAUUGGAGGUAGACUAUGCCUCUGCACUCCUUCUACUACUCUUUGUUGCUUUGUGGGCUUAUUAUGAGCCUUGCCUUUUCUUUCAAAGAAGCAGCAGUAGCAACACCUACAAGGGGCUGCUCGGAAGUGGAACGGGACGCCCUUCUCAGCUUCAAAGCCAACGUCAAAGAUCCUUCCCACCGUUUGGCCUCGUGGUCUCCACAAAUAGACUGUUGCAAAUGGAGUGGCGUCGUAUGCAAGACGACCGACAACGCAAGUUUGUUCGGAGGCCAGCAUGUUGUGGAGAUCAACCUUCAAAAUCCAUACGUUGAUACUGAGUCUUUCUUUGUUGAUCCGCAAACUUUCCUUGCAUCUCUGCGAGGUGAGAUACCAAGUCCUUUCCAAACAGCUCUGCAAGGUGAGAUGUUGAGUCCUUCUUUGUUGAACUUGACUCGGUUAGAACGGUUGAAUCUAAGUUGGAAUGACUUCGGAGGCACUCCAAUUCCAAAAUUCAUUGGCUCAUUUUUGAAUCUCAAGUAUCUUGAGCUUUAUGGGUCCAACUUUGCUGGAGUCAUUCCUUCUCAACUUGGCAAUCUGUCAAGCCUUUAUCAUCUUGGGCUGGGUUCAAGAUGGUAUGUGGGUGCAAUUGCCCCUCGUUUGGAUUGGCUCUCAGGGCUCUCUUCUUUGAGGCACCUCGACCUUUCCUCUGUGAAUCUCAGUACAGUCUCUCAAAAUUGGUUGUCGGAGGUCAACAUGGUUCCUUCCCUGCAAGAAUUAUAUCUGUACGGCUGUGAUCUUAAUCACAUCCCCUCUUCAUUUAAUUCUCAUCUCAAUCUCACUUCUCUCAAAAUUCUUAACCUCGAAGCCAAUCUCUUCUCCUCCUCCUUGCCCAACUGGCUGUGGCGACUCACUAGUCUCUCAUCGCUUACAAUUGAUGCUUCAGGACUGAUACCUGCUGGAAUCAGUAACCUAACUAGACUAAUUCAACUUCAUAUUUCUGGCAACAUAUCUAGUCCCCUACCUGUUGAAAUCUGGAGUCUGAAUCAUCUAAUGCAACUUGACCUUAGCUCCAAUAACAUGCUAACGGGUCCUAUACCCACAGAAAUUGCAAAUUUAAGUAGUCUACAAUUAUUAUUUCUUUCUGAUUGUUCACUUAAUGGUCAAAUGCCUUCUGAAAUUGGGAACUUGAGAAGUCUAAUAAGCCUCGACCUUUCUUUUAAUUCACUUUCGGGUCCCAUACCUACAGAGAUUGGGAACUUGACUAGUCUAAUAAGCCUUGACAUUUCUUUUAAUUCACUUUCGGAUCCCAUACCUACAGAAAUUGGGAACUUGACUAGUCUAAUAAACCUUAACCUUUCUUUUAAUUCACUUUCGGGUCUCAUACCUACUGAAAUAGGGAACUUGAGUAGUCUUGUAAGACUCCACCUUACUGGUAAUUCACUUUCGGGUUCCAUACCUACUGAGAUUGGGAAACUUUCUAAGUUACAGAGUUUAACCUUACAGGAAAACUCUUUAGUGAGUGUCCUCUCAGAAUCUCAUCUUGCAAACCUAACCAACUUAAAGACUUUAACCUUAAGGGAAAACUCUCAAAUUACCAUUUCAUUCGACUAUGAUUGGGCCCCUUCUUUUCAACUGGAAACGAUUGACUUGGCCUCUUGUAUAGUGGGUCCUAGGUUUCCACAAUGGCUUCGUUCACAAAAAUCCAUGUUCGCGUUGAGUUUGUCCAAUACAAGCAUUAAUGACAUCCUACCUCAUUGGUUGUGGAAUUCAUCUUCUUCUACCUUUUGGACUAUUGAUCUCUCUAAUAAUAAGCUUAGGGGUACUUUGCCAUCAUCGAUGGAGGGAAUACCAAGCCUUCAAUUUUUAAAUCUACGUUCUAAUAAACUGGAAGGACUUGUUCCUCGUUUGCCACCUCGAAUCUUUGCCCUAGACCUAUCUUUUAAUGACUUUUCAGGGCCUAUACCAUCAAAAAUUCCACGACAAAUACAUAUUAACUUCAUGUCUCCAAACUACUUAAUCCUUUCGAAUAAUCACAUCAACGGGAGCAUACCAUCUUUCAUUUGCAAAUGGGAGCAAUUGAGAAUUUUGGAUUUAUCCUACAACAGAUUAUCUGGAGAGAUACCCAAGUGUUGGCAAGAAGCAAAUACGAACCUUGACUUUAUUCACUUGGGAAACAAUAAGCUGACUGGUGAAAUUCCUAGCUCUAUUGGAAACUUGAUUGGAUUGGCAUCUUUGCAUUUGGACAACAAUGAUCUCAGUGGACAACUUCCAAUGUCAUUGAAAAAUUGCACUAAACUACAUGUUAUUGAUCUCAGAGGCAACAACUUUAUAGGAAGUAUACCUACGUGGAUUGGACAAAGUUUGCAACAAUUGACUGUUCUUAAAUUACGAUCAAAUAUGUUUUCUGGCAUUAUUCCUUCAAAUCUUGGAGAACUGAGCAAUCUUCAAAUUCUUGACCUUGCCAAUAACAAUUUAAGAGGGUCUAUACCAUAUUCCUUUGGCAAUUUCAGUGCAAUAAGAUCAACAUCAAGAGCAAUGAAUCAUUCAAUUUCAAUUGGAGGAGCAGACUUAUAUAUUGGAUAUGGAGAAAGUGAUAGUCUUUCAAUAGUUACAAAGGGAUUUGAAUAUGUCUUUUCAUCUAUUCUUUAUUUGGUGAAGAUUAUAGAUCUUUCAAACAAUAGUCUUACGGGUGAGUUUCCUAUGACAUUCGGCUCUCUUGUAGGACUUCAAACUUUGAAUCUGUCAAGGAACUUUUUAAGAGGCAGGAUUCCAUAUACUAUUGGUGAAAUGAAGUCAUUGGAAACUUUGGAUUUGUCAUUCAACAACUUAUCAGGGAAUAUUCCAUCUGGGUAUCAACUUCAAACACUUCAAGAUGCUUCCAUUUAUAAGGGCAAUGCUCAUCUUUGUGGGGUUUUGAUUAACAAGAGAUGCUCCACUGAUGUUGGUAAUAAUGUGACAAAGGAAGAGUUGCAAAAGAGUAAAUCACAAAUAUUUCUAUCAAUUUACUUUGGUACCUCACUUGGAUAUGUGAUUGGAUUGUGGAGUCUGUUUGUAAUCCUACUAUCCAAACAAAAUUGGAGGAAUUUGUAUUUUCAGUUGAUUGACAGAGUCUUUCACAAAGUUCACGUACCAUUAUGCUGGAGAAGUUUGGGUAGCUAAAUGAUGUUUAGGUAAACUGUGGGACAAAAUCGAGGUCGAUACCAAUGUAGCUAUUCAGAUACUUCAUCUUCUGUAAUAGAGUUCUAUUUUGUUUUAGCAAUGUUUAAGCAAAUUCUGAUAUAAAUAAGAUUUGAUUAGUAUCGAUGCAACUAUUCAAAUAUUUUGUCUUCUAUAAUGGAUUCUUAUUAUCCUAUUGUGAGUGCUUAUAGUUAAUAUUUUAUUUUUAUUUUUUUUCGAACGAAGGAAAAGAUGCAAGCCCCUCUUUAGUUAAUAGAGAAGAGAAGACUACUGCAGCACAAACUAAACAUAGCAGAACUAGAGAAUGAAGAAUGCCUACACCUGUA